ACUCUAUUACAAAAAGUGUGAUUGAACAGAUAAAUCUAUGCAAUGCUACCAACAGUUUCCAAGUCUGCUAAAGAAGUGAUAAUUUUAUAUGCAAUAAACAAUAUAAAGGGAAAGAAAAAAAGUUCUUUACAAUAUUCACAUUACAAUACAAAAGAUUUGUCUCCAAGUAUUUUGAAUAGUGCAUUCCAUGGUAACUGAAGAUCGAGAGAAAUAGGGCACAUAAGUUAACAGAAAGGAAGAGCAUGCAAAUUGUUAAUCUCUUUUACAAAUGCUUUUAAUUGUUCCCUUUUUUAUUAAGGCUUGCGUAUUCAUAGUCCACUUUCUUUGUUCAGCUUUUUCGCUUGCAUAGCUUUGACUGAGGAGGACGACACUCUUUUAACUCUAAAAUAUCUCCAAGUACAUAACGAAAAGUUACUAAAAGUAGAAUAUUUUAAUUUGGCAUACUUCUUCUGUUAUAGGCCAUUAUGCUGUUUUAUUUUUAUUUCAUUCUUACUUUGUUUGAUCAGUUGUAAUAUGUUCCAUCUCCGUAAUUUCACUUAUAGAGUUUGUUGCAUCUUGCUAAACGUGAACGGCCAGGUCUCUUCAGAGUCAACACCGUAAACAAAGCGGCUUCUUCGUUUUCCAGUGAAAUGUCUUUGGUUUCUUCUGAUGAGCUCGUCUAUAAUAAAGUAGCCGAUAUCCUGCGGCAAAGCGAGGAUCUAUACAAGCUUUCAUCCCAUGUCGAGAAGCUCGAACGCGAGAAAGAUACAUUCGACUUGCAUGUUAAAGCAGAGCUUGAAAAACAUUCAGAGAGUUUACAGAGAGGGAAACUCGCCCUUCAUGAUUCCCAUCUAAAACGUCAAAAGCUACUUAAUGAAUUAAAUCAUAUGCGAUCUUUAUGCACAGCGGCUCAUAAAAUGGUUGAGCAAUUUCCCCUUAUUAGCCAAGUCUCUCGUAUAUAUAAGAAUUGCUAUGCUACUCAACAAAUGAUUGUACAACUUCAAAAUCUGAUGCAAGAAACCGACAUCAUUGAAGAUAUAAUUCGAGAAGACUUGGAACAUGAUCCAACUAUGCCAAAUUUGCUUAAAGCACACUUCAAACUUACUAAACUUCGUACUUUUCGAGAUGAAGCCAUGUAUCAAGCUUCAUUGGAGAGUAGAAAUGACGCGUCUACCACCCUACAGUCGUCUUUUUCAAAUCUAAAUGCUCUUUCCGAAAAGUUUGAUCGAUUAAUCUUUAACUACUGCAGUAACUUGUUUGAGCUUUUAAAAGUUGGAAACACAAAAACGAUCGUUCGAGUAUUCAAAAUUAUCGAAGCCGAAGAAGCUUCAGAUGAAAUGCUCAAGAGCAUCAGAAAUGCCCAGUCUAACCUCACUGAUGCAAAUGAAGCUCCAUUCAUGAACCUUCAAGGAAGCUCUCGUCAGCUUCGGAACUUUUGGUCAGAGGCAAAAGAGAUUUUCCAAGCAUCAGUUGCAGAACGAUUUCAUCAAGCCUGGUCGAAUUUUAUUACCCAAAAAGCCGAUCUCGAAUUAGAAUGGAUGUUUGACGAUUUGCAAUACGCAUUUAAGGUUCUUCCAGAACUGGCUUCUCCAUCCUUCGAUCUUGCCAGAGUAUUUGCUAUAAUAUAUCAACAAUGUCUCGUAAAUCUUGUAAAGGAUUCCAUUUCUUCGGACACCCCCGCCGCAAUUUUUCUGUAUCUUAUCAACUUUCACAAAGAAUAUCGAGCCUUUUAUCAAGAACAUGCUCCAUUUUCCGCCGAUGAGAUUCAACCUUCAUUAGAAGAUGGAAGCAAUGGGGUAUUGGUAAAAGAAUAUACCAGACUUUUUACUCAGAAAAUCCAGGAGUGGUCUGAUAAAUUAUUCCAAAGUAGUGUUGAGGCUUUCAUUAAACGUGAGAGCGAGCCUGAACUGGACAGCGAUGGAAAUUAUGGUAUUCAAGGAACCAUUAUUUUCUUCCAGAUGAUUACUCAACAAGUUAAUAUUAUAUCGCAAACGAAUAAUCCCGAGGUUGUUAGUACUGUUUUACGAUCUAUUAUGUAUGUAAUGCAGGCGAUGCAAGAACACUGGAAGACCGUGAUGAAGACAGAACUACAAAAACAUUUAUCUACUUCAAAUACUCCUCCAGGAUUAAUGGAAUAUCUAUUGGCUCUUGCCAAUGACAAUCUUAAAUGCGCAGGUUUUAUGGACAACACGCUUUUGCGUACAUUUGAGUUGGCAACGGAUAGUCGCGAAGAAGAUCUUCGUGAAUCCUUUGGCAAAACAGUAGAUGGUUUCAUUUUGCUCAGCGACAUCGGUGUAAAUGAAAUUGUUGAAAUCAUUAGCAACGAUGUGAAGCCCGCUCUUGCUACUUUAUUCCAUCCUGGAUGGUAUCAAUCGAGUAACAUGAAGUUAAUUGUUGAUACGUUUAGAGAUUACAUUGUAGAUUGCAUAGAACAUAUGGUACCUGGUUUAUUUGAUGUUUUCUUGCUUGAAUCUUCUAAUGCCCUCACAAUUAACUAUCUUCGUGGAAUAUACAACAAAGGAGUAACUUUCGAAGGUCCUAGUGCUAUUCAGCAAAUACGGUCCGAUAUAGCCCUCGCCAUCCGAGCAUUUGGUGAAUAUAUGGCUGCGGAGCAUUUGAAGGCUACCUUUGAACCCAUAGAAAAAUUACUCCUCGGCAUGCUCGAUGCAGAAUUGGGAAGUGUUGCAGAAUACUUUCGUCUUCUUAAAGAAUCUUAUUGGGAUGCCCCGUUGUCCUUGGUAGAGGUCAUUCUCACCAAUAGAACUGAUCUUGAUCGGGGAACGAUACGAAAAAUGGUUGAAAUUGUUAGACAAGAAAACUCCAACAUGCAACAAUACUCCUCGAACAAGCCAACAAUUUUUUCUCAAAUUACGCCGGUCAAUGCAGCUCCUCUUUAAAGUAUUCUUUUGUGCAUACUUAUGAUAUUUAAUGAUUUCGCGAGAGGCGCUUAUAUUUAUUAGUAAUUUAUUGGAAUUAUAAUGAAGGUAUGCAUCACGUAUAUUUUACGCGGUAAAACUUUAGUAG